CUUGUAGAAUGCAUCCUACAGGACCGUAAUUUGCAGAUUAGGUGCUCUCCUCGACGACCCAUCAUGCACGCCCAUGACGCCUUCAUCGCACAGCAAAUCCCUAUCUCGUGGCUUCAUUUGGCGACCAUUUGCGCUGUACCUCUGUUGCUAGUGCAGGACGAUCCGUCGAACCGUUCUCGCGUUGGACUCGUAAGAAUUCUUACGGUGCUCGCCCACAUCUUGUUAACAUCUUUAUCAGCAAGCACACUCCUUCGAUCGCAUAGACCGAGGAGUGAGGGCAAGAUGCUAGAGGCGAUCAGCCAGUUGACUGCAACACUUGACAGCAUUGAGGUCUCGCGCUACGAAGAAGAUGAGGAAGAAAGAGGCACGCCAAAACGCUUCGACUUUGGAGCGGUCGAUGACACGGCUGCGCUCUAUCAGGUUCUGGUAUUGUUCAGUCUCUACGCAGACGAGAAAGCCACCCGAUACAUCAAACGGCAGCAACCUAUCCUCUGGGGCUACGAACCAUCACACAUGCCCUUCGCGGCAAGAGAACAGUGGAGAGCCUGCAGAGCACGUCUGGGCAACCACCCCUUUGUAGACCCGAGCAGGUCCGAUGAUGCAGAAGAGAUGACCUGGUCAGAUGCGUCGUCAAAUUAGCAAAGAUUUGCUGCAAGACCUUUUUUUUUCACCCAGGCCAGAAUUUGCGUUGACUUUGCAAACAAGAAGGUGCUCAAAGCCAAAGCACGGACCGUUUGCUCAGUCCGGUCAUUGAUGCUCGCACCUCUGAAUGGCUUAUGACGCACGUGCCAUUAUAUUUCAUUUAUC